GUAAUCUACCCUGGAUCUCUCUCUCACUCUUCCUCUCCUUCAAAUCACUCAAGCACUGAGCACGUAGGCUGGGAUAUGGCGUGACUGAGCAAUUUUACCAUCACUAUAUUUCCUGGACGCUAUCAGCAAUCUAUUUCACAUUGUGAAGGGCAGAAGCAGAUUUCAGAAUGGGUCCACAGGACAAAAUUCGUCAACGCAGGCCUUUACGAGGGCACUCUCAGGAUAAACCAACAACAAAGAAAAGUCACCACCAAGAGAAAAGCUUCCUAUCCAGUUGCUGCAAACAGAUGCUGUACAUUGAUGCUGUAUUGUUCUUCCUAUUGGUCAUCUACCUCACACUGAAGUCAACACCAGUUGAACCAGAGUCAUAUCGUUUGCCCCCUCCAAGACCCUGGACUGGCCCUCUGUCUGAAAACAACAAGCUACAGCAAGGCAGAAGGUUGAUGGAAAAUAAAGUCCAUGGACCAGAGUCACUUGCUCUAAAAAAUGGCAAACUGUACACUGGGUCUGUUGAUGGGAAAGUAGUUGAGAUCAGCAAUGAGAAAGACAUCAAGGUAGUAGCUCGACUAGGAGGAACUACAUGUGGUGACAGUUUUGGUGAAGAAGAGAGAUGUGGACGGCCUCUAGCAGUGCGGUUUAUUGAUGACAAGCUCUAUGUUAUGGAUGCUUUCUUUGGUCUCUAUCAGCUGGACAUAACAGGAGGAAAAUCACCCAAACAACUUGUUUCCACUAAAACAAGCCUCGGAGGCCACACAAUGAAGUUUGCCAAUGAUUUUCAGCAGCUUGAAAAUGGAACAUUCCUCUUCUCCGAUACCAGUCAUAAGUGGCACAUGACAGAGUACGGUCUACUGGUCUUAGAAAACAAGGCAUGUGGAAGAUUGCUCUGGUACGACCCUGACACUAAGACCAGCGGAGUAGCAAAGGAUGGACUCUACUCUCCUAAUGGCAUUCAACUCUCUCCUCAGAAAGACUUUCUCCUCAUUGCAGAAUCAACAAGAUAUCGUAUCACAAAAUACUAUGUAAAAGGUCCAAAGAAAGGCAAAACAGAGAUCUUUGCAGAUAACCUGCCAGGUAUGCCGGACAAUAUCAGCCCCAGUCGCAAUGGGGGCUACUGGGUGGGCUUCGCGCUGGCUAACUCCAGGAUGGGACCGAUGAAGAUGGAUGCAGUUGCCUCCAGGCCUUGGCUCAGGAAAAUUGUCGCUAAGCUUGUUGACCCUACAUCAUUGGUGCCCUACAUGCCCCAGUAUGGUCUGAUCAUAGAGCUGAACCAGAAGGGAGAGAUUGUACAAAGUCUCCAUGAUCCCACAGGAAAGGUCGUACCUUCUGUCAGCGAAGUCCUCGACACUGGGGAUGCUCUGUACCUAGGAUCAUAUCAUUCUCCAUUCCUUGUCAAAGUGGACUUAUAAUAGCAAAUCAGAGACUAGUUCAAUUAAAACUUUUUUUUGAAUUUCAGUGCAACAAUAUCAUCUGAGUAACAUUGCCAGGUAUACAUAAUUGUAAAUAAGUUUGUGAGCCAGAAACAAUCUGCAAAUAGACACACAAAAGUGAAGACUAAUGAUACCCAACUAAUAAAGAAAAAUAAUUCGAAUAAAAUGUUGGUGUAUGCAUGUGUAAUCAUUAUUUGUGUAUCUACCAAAGGAGAUUUAAGGCGUGUUCCCAAUUGGGAAAAAUCUUUCAUGAAAGCAGGGUGUGAUGCCUACAUUCACAGAUGAUAAGUGAUGCUACAUGUAAUUCAAGACUAGAAACACAAUUUACUAGGAUGACACUCCCAUGCUUUUCAUUCUAUUAGCAAGUGGAUCAGCUG